AUGGAGAGGUAUACUGCCUACAAUGUUGCGGUCAUCCUAUUUGCGGCCUUCGGUUCGUGGUUGAGUGGCUAUGGCCUCGCUGUCAUCAUCGCCACUCUUGGUCAACCUAGCUUUUACACCAGCCUCAAUCUCGAUGCAGACCCGAGCAGUCCAGGUUACCGGCAUACCAACGACUUCAUAGCCACAAUCCAGGGCAUCCUCUUUGCUGGUGGAUUCUUCGGUGCCAUCUUCGCUGCCGUAGCCUCUAGGUUCGGCCGUGUUCGUGGAUUCCAGAUCUGCGCGUCGUUCGCCAUCGCUGGAGGGGCGAUACAGACGGGCGCAAGAAAUCAAGGAAUGUACAUUCUGGCUCGGUUCAUCACUGGCUUUGCUACCGGCCAUGCCUUUGCCGCAAUGCCCGUCUAUUUCGCCGAAGUGGCCCCUCCUCACUCUCGCGGUUUCAUGGCAGGCGCACAUGGCUGUUUCAUCAAUGUUGGCUACGCCAGUGCGAAUUGGAUUGGGUUUGGAACCUUCUACUCGUCAACUUCCUUUGCGUGGCGUUUUCCCAACGCUGUGUUCAUCAUCCUGGCACUGUGUUUUCUCGCCGGAACAUUCUUUAUACCUGAAAGCCCGCGAUGGCUGGUAAGUAAAGGUCGGGACGCAGAAGCACUUCGCGUUCUCGGUCGUCUCCAUCAUGACCGCAACGACGCCGAAGAUACCUUUGCCGCCCAAGAGGUCGCCCUUAUUCGCAGACAAAUCAACGAGGAUACCAGAGCCCUGCGAGAAGGAGGACGGUGGCAGAUUUUGACCAUGAAGACUUACCGUAUCCGCCUUAUUCUAUCAUGCAUGAUCGUCAUUGGCACCCAGAAUACUGGCAUCUUGGUCAUUAACAGUUACAAUACGUUGCUCUACCAGUCCCUCGGUCUGAGCAAUACGGAAUCACUGAUUGUGUCGGCCGCCUACAACACAUGGGGCAUGAUAGCCAACUUUAUGGGAGCGCCCAUUUCCGAUCGGAUGGGCCGGCGAAAGCUACUGCUCAUUGGAUUUAUAUCCACAUUCCUCAUGUUCGCUAUUGCAACCGGCUUGAUCGCCAAAUACAAUGAAACCCCUUCACGAUCCUGGGCAGCAGUAGCUGUCAUCUUCCUGUACCUCUACGUCUUUUGCUACGCCUGCUUUAUCGACGUCAACUGCUGGACCGUCGCUUCCGAGAUUUUCCCAUCCCAUCUUCGCUCUCAAGGCACCGGUAUCGCCAUGUCCACCCUGUUUCUCACCGACCUUUUAUGGCUCCAGUUGGCUCCAACGGCGUCUGCCACGAUCGGGUGGAAAUACUACUUGGUGUUCAUCGGUUUAACUUUUUUUUCCAUCGUCUUCCUCUGGUUCAAGUUGCCCGAGACCUCUGGCCUCGCCUUAGAGGAGAUUGAUCGACUUUUUGGAAAGGAGCCCGCCAGUCAAUUAUCAGACGCCGAUCUUGAAGUGGAGAUGCCCAAGACGGACGGCGAUCCAGUCGAUUAUGUGGUCAAAACAAACUUCCAGGCAUGA